CUAGGGAUUCAAGAAUUGGGAUUUCUAUUUCCUUCUCCAUUCCAAUUUAACCUACAAAAUUAAGCUCCCAACCAUAAAGAUUACACCUUUUCUACAUACAUAACAACCCCAUCUAAUUAUUUUUGAGGAAAACAUUGAUUCUUGAUAAUGGAGGAGUCAGAAAAGAGAAAGGAAAGACUAAAAGCUAUGAGAAUGGAAGCUUCACAAAGUGGAAAUUACAAUGAAACUGCUAAUAAUUCUAUGGGUUCAUCAUCUUUUGGUCUUACAAAUCCUUUAAUUGAUUCUCCUUUAGGGAAAACUGAAAGUUAUGUUAUGCAAAGACCAAGAUUUGACUAUUAUACUGACCCCAUGGCUGCUUUUUCUGCUAAUAAAAGGAGUAACAACAAUGUUAGCCCUCAGGUUAAUCAACAGUGUUACACACCCCCUCCAAGACCAAGGCACCCUCAGUACCCCCAGUCUCCAAUUUAUGCUGCUCGAGGCAACAAUCCUGUAGAUCAGAGACCGCAGUCACAAGGAGUCCAUAAUACUUUUAAUCCUCGUGGAAACCCUGGGCAAAAUAGUCCUGUUGGCACACCACAAAUUCGCUCCCCUAAUGCAUGGGAUAGCUCUUUUGGCACAUCUAACAACUACUUUCCACCUAAUUCUUCACCAGGUGGCAACUUUGCCAGUCCUGGCUUUCAUCAAGGUGGAAGACCUAGUUUUAAUUAUGGACAAGGUAGCGCGCAACCUGCCUCAGGAUAUAGAGGCAGCCCUUACCAAGGUUCAGGAUAUAGAGGCAGCCCUAACCAAGGUUCAGCGCACAGAAGCAGCCCUUACCAAGGUUCGGGGCAAGGCAGGAGCCAAUGGAGGGGUAAUAACUCUAGUCCUGGUUCGUUUCGAAGUGGUGGGAGGGGAAGAGGUUCCCAUGGAUGCACAUCAUCCGCAGAAUCUAGACCAGAUUUGUAUUAUUCAAAGUCAAUGGUAGAAGAUCCAUGGGAAGAGAUGAAGCCGGUUAUCUGGAAGCCAUUAAAACGUGACUGGCUUCCACCAUCCAUUAGCGCAAAAAAGGCCAAAUUGCCAGAUGAUCCAGUAAAAUCCAUUCCUCAGCAAAGCCUUGCUGAGUAUUUGUCUGCCUCAUUUAAUGAAGUAGCUAGCAGUGAGGCUGGGAAUGCUGGAUCUGGCAGUUGAGUUUUUUGACUUUUAUUGUGAGUUAAACGUCGAAAGCUGAUUAGUUCCUGUCCGUGUGUCACCUGAAUUGUGCUGUUAUAGCAUUCCAUUACCCUGUAAAUCUUGGGAAAAAAGGGAUUUUCUAUGUAUCGUGGGAGUUCGAAGUUAAUAGGUUUUUAUGCUCCGAGCUUCAAUUUAGUAAUUGUUACUUGUCAACUCGUUCAGCUCUACUCUCUUGGUAUAUGUAACUUUCAUGCUUUUUGUAAUUUUAUGAUCUUUUACGUGGUGGAUAUCCCUAAUCUUAGGAUCUGGCUAGGAAAUUAUGAGAAACAGAGUGUUCUUGCAAUAAAUUGUUAUAGAUGAA